AUGCCAUUCUCUUAUAACAGUCAUAGUGGGCAAUUUUGCCAAUUUGGUAAAGGCCAUUUAGAAUCAUGUGUUUUGCGUGCCAUUGAAAUUGGUUAUGCUUACUUUGGCAUGAGCGAAUCGAUGCCUCGCUAUAAAGAAGAGCAGUUAUAUAAAGAAGAAGCAAAGAAAACGGUCCAAUUUCUCCAAGAAAAUUUUGAAAAGUACAUAAGAGAAGCUAGACGUUUGCAGCAUCAUUACAAAGAGCAUAUUAAAUUAUUAGUCGGUAUGGAAACGUUCUACUUUGGAGCUGAUUCUAUCCAAGAUAUUAAUGACUCUCGUCAGCAUUUUAAUCCUGAUUACGUGGUAGGAAUGGUUCGUCAUAUUCGUGGAAUUCCGAUCGAUAUAAACAACGAUAGUUUUACGAAAGCCGAAGAAGCUGUUGGCAAUACAGAAGAGUUAUUUUGUGAAUAUUUCGAUUGCCAAUAUGAAUUAGUCACUAAAACACAUCCAGAAGUGGUUGGAAAAUUCGAUCUAAUUUACACCUUUAGGAAAAAUUUUGAAUUAACAGAAGUUAUUUGGGAAAAAAUCGAUCGAAAUAUAAGAUACAUUGCCGAAUAUGGUGGAUUAUUUGAAAUCAAUAGUAAAGCGCUAACAACCGAAUUAGAUGAUCCUUAUCCACAGCGCCAUAUUUUACGGAGAAUAAUCGCAUUAGGUGGCCAUGUUACUCUUUCUGACGGUAGUUACGGCCCAACUGAAGUAGGCAUGUUCUACAGUUCAUUGCAAGCAUACAUUGAAAGCAUGAAUAUCCAAAAGAUCCAUUUUCUUGCACCUACCAUCUUUCCAAGAGAUCGAUCAACACCUAUUGUUAAUGCCAAGCCAAUGGCUAAAUCUAGUAUGCACGUCUUACAGCAUGCUUUUUGGCGAGAUAGCAUGCUAUUUACGACUUGUUAA